ACCGUGGUUUCUGCAUUGCAGGCGGUGUCGGAGAGGCUCGAGUUGGCACCAGCUGGAGGAAGAUCAGAGCCUCAGGUUGCGACAUUAUGCGAGGCCGGCGAGGUGUAUCUGGCGCAGCACAUGGGCGAGCAGGGUCGCUGGGUAUCCUCUGUGGACAAGAAGAGCUGCAUGACGGACAAACUGGAGAUCCUCGAAUAUUGCAAGAAGGUCUAUCCAAAGAGAGACAUCACUAACAUCGUUGAGUCUUCGCACUACGUAAGGGUCAAUGGAUGGUGUAAGCCAGGAAGAACCAAAUGCAAAUUAUCUCGUUGGGUCAAGCCGUACAGAUGUCUCGAGGGCCCGUUCCAAAGCGACGCGUUGCUCGUUCCGGAAGGCUGCCUCUUCGACCACCUCCACAAUCAGACGAGAUGCUGGGAAUCUCACAGAUGGAACGCCACCGCCGCAGACACGUGCCGCGAGAGGAACAUGAAUCUGAGGAGCUUCGCGAUGCUCCUGCCCUGCGGAAUAUCCCUGUUCUCUGGUGUUGAGUUCGUGUGCUGCCCGAAACACCUGAAAGAAAAUGUAAAACCGAAGAAACCAAUCGACUUGCCGAUUCCGAAGGGUGUGGACGACGAUCUUGAUGAGGACGAAGACGAUCUUGACGACGAGGAUGACCUCGACGCUGAUGCGGAUGACGAAGAUGAUUCUGAGGCGGAUCCAGAGGACGUGCUUAGCGAUCAACCGGACGAUGACGAGAGCGACGAGGAAUACCUCGACGAUUAUGACACCACGACAAGUCGAUUGUCAACAACAGUCUCAACCACGGAGAAACCCAAACAGGACGUGACUGCGAUGCCAUUGCCGGUCAGUACCAGCACGCAGCAAUCCUCGCAGUCGCAGAGUACACCUGAUCCGUACCUAACACACUUCGACCCUCGCUCCGAGCACCAGAGCUACAAGCAAGCACAAAUGAGACUCGAAGAGGUGCACAAAGAGAAAGUGACAAAAGUGAUGAAGGAUUGGAGUGAUCUCGAGGAGAAGUAUCAGGACAUCCGCGCUCACGACCCGGUCGCUGCCGACGCUUUCAAGCGAUGGAUGACUGCACGGUUCCAAGAGACUGUUGCGGCUCUGGAGGAAAGCGGCGCCGUGGAGAAGCACCAGUUGAGCGCUAUGCAUCAGCAGAGAGUGCAAGAAGCUGUUAAGCAGAGGAACGAAGAAGCGAUGUCGUGUUACACUGCUGCUCUGAAUGAGACCCCUCCAAAUAUGCACCGCAUUCAGAAAUGUCUGCAGAAACUGCUCCGAGCUCUUCAUAAGGACAGGCACCACACCAUCGCCCAUUACAAACACCUGCUGGACAGCAGCCUGGAACAAGCGCAGCGUGAAAAGCCCGCGACUCUGGAGCACUUGGCGGAAAUCGACAGAAUUACCAAUCAGAGCCUGUUGAUGUUAGAACGGUAUCCUGAUUUAAGCGCAAAAAUUGGCCGGCUUAUGGAUGAUUACGUUUUGGCCCUCAGGAGCAAAGAUGAGACUCCUGGACUGCUGUUAGCGAUGACACGCGAAGCGGAAGCAGCUAUUUUAGACAAAUAUCAGGCUGACGUGACAAGCAAACAGCAAGAGAAAGAGCAUCAGAAGGAACUCGAACGAGCCCGUAAGGAGCAACGCAAAGCGGAACGUGGCGAGUUACGUACCGAGCAGGCGCAGCAGGAAGAGAACGACUCUAUAAACGAUAACAAAGAUACUCAACAGCAGCAGCAGCAGCAACAACAACAACAACAACAGCAACAGCAACCAGAACAACCCUCGGCAGUUGCCGCUAUGCAUAGUGAAGGACUCGUUAGAGCAGCUCACAGCAUGACCCAUGAUAUUUCCCACUCUGAACCGGGUUACUCAGUGAGAAGGGAGGUCUACCGCAGAGAGAGUACAUCAGUCUACUUCACACUUGCGUUUGCGGGAAUAGCAUUAAUGGCUGCUGCGGUAGUUGGUGUGGCAGUAUUCAAAAGGCGCAACGCGAGAAGCCCUCACAGUCAGGGUUUCAUUGAAGUCGAUCAAGCAGCUACACCAGAGGAGCGACACGUCUCAAACAUGCAGAUCAACGGAUACGAAAAUCCUACAUACAAAUAUUUCGAGGUCAAAGAUUAAGUUAGUCAUCUGGAUCUACAGAAUUUUAUUUGAAACUGGUCUUAAUUGUCCGUUCUCGCGUAUGUUCUUCAAGAAUCUCAUAGUAUUUUGUUAGUGUAAGAUACCUUUCAGGUUCGAGGUUCUUCCGAAGAUUCAAAACAUAUAUAGAGAUCUGCAUCUUUAGUGAUACGUGGAAUAAAAUCUGUCCAUAGGGUGAUAGAUAUCGCAAUACAAGUAUCAUUAUUAUGUGGCGUCCCUUUAUAUAGCCUGCCGACGUGUCACGGCCAUUCUUUAUGCUCUACGACAUAUGUAUAAAGCAAUGUUCACGUAAUAACAUCCGGUAGAUGCAAGUGAUAACGAGUUCCGCGCGUGACACUCGUGCCAACUGCGAGAUUAUCUGCGACACAAAUUUGGAAAGAAAGCAACACGCCAAUGUGCCAUAUGGGAGGAAACACAAAAUCAUCUUCGGAAGUAUCUCAUACACGUUGUUUUCGUUUCGUUGUCAUACAUGUUAUUGAUGAUAAAAAAGAGGAAAAAAAAACAAAACGCAGGAAGGAGCGCUCGCAAUAAAAACGAACACAACAAAAGGUAACAUGGAAAAGAACCGAAACGUUGCACGCUGAUGUUCCGCGAUGAUGUCCCUUGAUUGAAGGUCUUUGGGCUAACGUAUCAAGUCCACAAGAAUUUUGGUAUAUUUUCGGCGACGGAAAUGACGCGAACCCGAUCGAAUGAAGCGUACGCGACCGUACGCAACGCGUAGCUGUUUGCGCUCUUUGCUGUAUCCUUCGGUUCUGAUAUUUUCGGAGAUAGUCAAUGGCAAUAAUGGUUGCGCAGCUUGAACCUAAUACCAGUGAAAAAAAACUAACGACGAUAGAGCAGCGGUAGCGGCUUGCACGGCGAAAAACAGCAAAGUAUUAAACUGAUUAUAAAAGAUAUAAAAAGAAAAAAAAAAGAAGAAGCAUGUAAUUAGCAUUACGCGAGUGAAGGUGUAUGCUAUGAAGAAGAAGAAGAAGCAGAAAAAAUAAUACUAAUAACGAAACGCUCUCAAAAUAUCAGAACGGCAACCGAUGCACGUUCACCUUCGUGAUGCAGCUGUUUUUUCCAUCUCCGUUCGAUUCCCACUGCCUGAUUUUUUCAGCGACCUUUUCAGUACUUAAACGUCUACUUAGAUUAUACAAACUUUAUACUUAAGAGAAAAUUCGAGAAUCGUAUCUAAAGUUUAACGAGAAAGCAAGAUAUUUUAUCAUUCCAUACGAUAAGUCCACUAUAUUAUCGAGGUGCUGCCCGAACGUUUGCACGGAAAAUAUUCAGUAGCUUUGUUCGACUCGGCCGAGGGCCGUUCGCGUUCACGUGAACGUCUUGAACGGGGUCGAAAGAGUCACGCCUAAGCUGCCGAAUAAGAGGAACAGUUUAAACAGAAGUUUUUUUGAGUGGCAUUAGUACCUUCGAUUCUAGCUCGACUAUAAGUGGCGACCGUUGAAGCAAGCGUUUCUCCGUUCUUGUUUUGACACCCUGUAUUACCCCCCUUCUCUUUCGCCCUUUUCCUUUAUCUUUUUUCAUUUUUCCGUUUCUCACAAUCACUUACUACCUUCUUCUAAUCCUCUCUUCGUUAGUUUUCUAUUAUGUCGAAAGAUGGUUCAUACAAUAACUAUCUUAGGAUAUUAAUUAUAUAUGACGACGAUAAUAUAUUACACGUUUAAUGCUUAUAUAUUUGUAUAUGGUCAGAAGAUAGUAGGCCGCACUUUAGCCAGGGUCGCGUGGGAAAGCACAGCUUUCACUUGUUUCCAAUGAAUAAUGCACGUCUCCUUUUUCAAUUGUUUUUCUUUUUCUUUUUCCAUUAGACCGUAUAUAUGUACCUUCGCGUCGAUCGAUCGUUGCGAUGUAUAAGAAAAUUUGUCCAAGCGUUUUCUGUACUGCGACGAAUUUUAGCCGCGCAAGUAUUACGUUCUUUUUCGAUUGAGAUUGUACACGACGCUUCCGAACCGAACGAUCCGGAUCGCGUCGGAUCGCUCGCCGUUCGUGAACGUUGUAACCCUUUUAUCGACUAAGAAUUCUCCUUAUUUCGAAAUGCUAAUUUCACUAGUAUUUUUCUUUCUUUCUUUCUUUUAAUUUUAUUUUGCAAAAAUAAAUUAAGCGAAAAAUUGCGCAAACCGAGGAGAAUUAAUGAAUCCUUGGAUUCCUAAGCGCACGUUGAAGCAGCUGCCUCCCGUCUAGCGAACGAACACACGUACACACGAGAAGAAAACACACAGGCAUACAGCAGCAGACACAUUAUUAGACUGUUUGUCUCACGCAACUCCGGUAGAAGGGACGUGCCGAGAACGCUCGCGGGCACACACAUUCGCGCAUCGCUGAGUGUUAAAAAUAUUAUUUUAGAUAUAUUUAAAAAAAAAUGAUAGCAAUUAACUAUAUGUCUAUGGAUACAACAAAAGCAUAGCAUCAAUGCGUUAAUAAUAAUAAUAAUAAUAAUGAUAAUAUAAAUAUCUAUAUAUAUAAAUAUAUAUAAAUAUAUAUGUUUCGUGUGCACGUGUGUGUGCGCGCGCGCGUAAUAUAUGAACAAUAUACAUAUACAUAUACAUGUACACCUAUCAAAUUAACUAUACAUUAUGUACCUAUAGCGUAUAGUCGUUAAAAAUGAGGGGAAAGAGAAAGAACAUUAACACGUCGCGUAUAUAAAUGACUCGAUACGGAUUCACGGAUGUUCGGGAACCAUUUAUUGCCUCUGUCGAAAAGGCUUUCUUUCACGCGACAUCGUUACGAUUUUCGUGCUUUCUAUUCGUU